UACAAACCUCCUCCACCUGUUUUCUCUUUGGCUCCCUCCUCUUCCUAGACUGCAGGAGCAGUUAGAAAUGCAAGGGCAGAUCAGGAAGUAAAGCAGUACAACAGUGUGUGUCAUACACACACACACCACACACACCACACACAGACACACACACACACACACACAGACACACACAGACACACACGCGCACACACACACACACACACACACACACACACACACACACACGCGCACACGCACAGCACGUGCACACACUACUUCAGAAUUACUACAGGUAGAAUUAGCUUGGAGCCGACAGAUAAUUCGAUUGGCAUGAAAGUGGACGAGCAGGACGCCUCAGUCAGGGGCACCGGCCUUGAAUCAGCCCAUCGCUAGAGAGACGAAAAUCCGGCACCCUGAAGUCGCGCUAGUCUUCCAGGCCACGUCCUUGGCCUAUCGAAAAAUGGCCGGUCGUGAGGCCUAGAGAGCGGGCCCCAUUCACACAAACAACCGAAGUCAGUGUGUUACUCCAGGUCACUUUCAGUGUGUAACUUGAAAAGGAAAAAACAGAGAUAUCAAAGAUAGAAAUAGAGUUGUUUCAGAAGAUGCAAGCGAAGGAGUCGCCGUUUAGCGCCAUCUUGACUUUGCUCCGCCCUCCGUCAUAUGGAGUUCUUGCUGAUGUGCUGUGGUCAGGGUCAAGUGCCCGAGGCGGAACGAAUGAGAAGGACGUGGGGGACAAGCUGCUGAGGCAGGGAGGGAGACUGCAGAGGACCUGCGGACAUCGGCACACAUUCAGUCUGUCUACACUGGGCCAAAAGACCAAAAUAACUUCAGGAAUGCUGAGCUUAAAAUUACCUCGUCUCCUCAGCAUCAAUCAAGUGCCCAAAGUUUUCCAUGAACACAGCAUUAUCUUUGGCUACCGCCAGCCAAGAUGCACGGCCACGGAUUGCUUAUUCAGCCUCUUCCAGCUGACGAAUGAGACCCUGAACAUUUGGACUCACUUCCUCCCAACCUGGUACUUUGUCUGGAACUUGCUGGCCCUAUCCUACACACUGGACUUUUGGAAUGAAGCGUACACGUGGCCUCUCUUGGUCUACAUGGUCUCGGCUUGCAUCUACCCUUUUACCUCAAGCUGUGCCCACACGUUUAGCUCAAUGUCCACUCGAGCUAGGCAUAUCUGCUUCUUUUUCGACUACGGAGCCCUCAGCCUCUACAGCCUAGGCUCUGCGACUGUCUAUGCAGCCUACAUCGUGCCAGACAAGUGGAUCAACAGCACCUUUCACAACUGGUUUGUGCCCGCCGCUGUCUUCAACACCGUUGUCUGCACUGCUCUCUCGUGCUACUCCCGAUAUCCGGAGCAGGAGCACCCCAAUGUGAGCAAAGUCUUGCGACUGGUGGCCUUCGCUUAUCCAUAUUUCUUUGAUAACAUCCCGCUGUUUUACAGGCUGUUCCUUUGCACAGGAGAGGGAUGCACACACAAUGAGACGGUUCCCAUCCACUACAAACACAUGGCGCUUGCAUUCCUGACUGGCUUCCUGUUUGCGACUCAUUUACCCGAGUGCCUUGCUCCAGGGAGAUUUGACUACAUCGGUCACAGUCAUCAACUGUUUCAUAUCUGUGCCAUCAUAGGCACGCACUUUCAGAUGAAAGCCAUCGUCAUGGACAUGACAUUGCGCCAAGCUUGGCUCAAACUUCAUACGCCUCUCCCCUCAUUCAUGGACACCAUUGGUGCAGUCAGCCUUGCCCUUCUGUUGAACCUCCUCAUCAUUGCACUGUUCUCCCUGGGCUUGUACUGGAAACCAAAGGCACUCGAAAUAAAGGAUCAACACUACACUGAGAAAUUAAAAGUUGAUUAGGACGAUAAUCCUGACUUUGGCUGGGCUGAGGAAGAGGCCUGGAUUACUGAAGGAGGAAAAAACAUUUUGGGAAAAGAAAACACCUCAGUUAAACAUCCCGAAAAGGGAAGAAAUGAAGUACACAUCUAUUUAAAAAGACAAAAAUUCCCAAAUGAUAUGCUGUGCCUUUAAUGGAUGUAUGGUAACCUUUAAUAUGCUUAUUCCUGGUUCUAUGGAUAGUCAGAGAACACCAUUAUGUUGUUGCCUUAUAAACCUGGGCUUGGUGUGAGUUCAGGACGGUUCAGUGGCCUUUAGAUCAUUCUCUGUGCCUUUGAGAGCUGUUCUGUAAAAGCUCUCCUUUUUGGGUGUAAGAUAACAUUUUGCCAUUCCUCCAGAAACAGAUUUGAUUGGGCAAAAAUUUCUGAGACCAAGCUUUGAAAGUUUAAGGAAAAGAAAUCUCUUUUUUUGCACUUGAAUCAACAGGUGUUCUUCUCGAUGUCUGUUCCAUGGGGUGUUAACAAAUAACCACUGCCUUAACUCAGAGAAGAAACAGGCAAUUGUCAUUAUUUGACUGUAAUCUUGAGAAAAUGGACCAAUUAUUUUUUUAACUGACAUCUUGAUUUUGCCCUCAUCUCUGACUAUGAGUCAAGUUUGACCAAGACUAGAUCUAAAAGAAUCACUUGCAAGAUAAAAAUGGGGUAGAGAGAAAGAAAGGCUUACAAAGAGAAUUUCAAAUGUUAGAACUUAGUGGGUGAAGACAUGGCUGAUGGCAAUGAAGCAGUUCACUGAUUUUCAUUGCAAAUACAGAAAGAGCUCAGAGGUCUGUUAGGCUCGAAAAGAUCAUGAAAAUAGUAGGGUGAGACCAUUGAGGAAUUGUGAUAGAGAUUUUAAGAUGAAGGGAAAGAUGUUACACUGCUACUAACUAAAUUCUAUUAAUGUGCAACUGUAACCUCAAAUGGGACUUUUCAAGUUGUCUAACGUACUCCGAAAGCUUCUUGUUGCUGUAAGAGCUCCUUUGCUUUGCUUUACCACUUCUCCCCUUAGAGUGUUAUACUCUUGUCUAGAAGAGACUAAUUAAGGUUACAGAAAGCAUUUUGUUCAAACUUUCUUGAAAAUAUCAGGGGGAGAAUUUCUCUGCUUGAUAAGUUCCAAUAACCUAUUUUGCUUCUCACUUGAAAGAAAUUGAAUAUAAGAAGGUCCUGAAAGAUCAGGACUGCACUUCUUUUCAGCACAGCAAUCAGAGAAAUAGUCCCCGGCGCCAGCUCAGACGUAUUGAUUCAGAAUACAUUUUCCUUUUGUACAUUGUGAAAUUAUGGUAAAACUCAGCAAUUUAGCAUUUCCUCACUAAAGGUCAAAGUUCAGACUGUGAAUUAGGCUGUCAACACCAAACUCUGCUAUAGGUAGGAGUGGAAUUCCAGGACUCCAUUAAGAAUGGUUCCCAAAAUUAGGGAAACCUAGAGAAUCUAUAAAAGAUAUCCAGAGAAGAGAUUCAGGGAGGUUUAGAAGUUAACAAAUGGUAUCUAUUGCAGCCUUUUAUUGGUGUGAAUCUGCAGUACUGUGCAAAAGUCUUAGGCACCUUAGAUUUUUUAUAUGAUUUCAGAUGGUAUGACCUCCACAGAGCCCUUAUCUCAACAUCAUCGAGGCUCUCUGGGAUUAAUUGGAGAGACAGAAGCAAGCAAGACAGCCAAGAUCUGCAGAAGAACUGUGGCAAGUUCUGCAAGUUGCUUGGAAACACCUACCAGUCAAUUUUCUUAUAAAACUGCAUGACAGUGUACCUAAGGGAAUUGAUGCAGUUUUAAAGGCAAAUAAUGGAGACACCAAAUAUUGAUUUGAUUUAGUUUUUUUUUACUGUUUACUGCUCUUUAUAGUAAUUUUCUUAAUAUUUAGAAACUUUUCAUUUCAUUAUUUUUGGAAGCAUCUUCACUUUACAGAAUGUUUUUAUGUGUGCCCAAGUCUUUUGCACAGUACUGUAUAUGAACAAACAUAGCACUAAAAAACAUUAGCAAAAAAAGGAAGUUCAACAAAACAAGGUUUAAAUCUUCCAAGAUAUUUAUGUUGCAUUUGAUUAGAUGGGAAGAUUCAAUUACAACUUUUCCAGCUUCUAGUGUUUGGCAAUGUUGUGAUGUAGGAAACAGGAAUUCAGUAAUUUUAUCAAUGCAAAACUUCUCGCCAGUGUCUUUUUCCUAGGGCGGAAACAGCUAAUACAAGAGGGCAUAAUCUUAAGCUGAUUGGAGGAAAAAAUUGGGGGGGGGUGAUGUCAGAGGUAGUGUUUUACACAGAGAAUGGUAGGCACAUGAAAUGAUCUGCUAGAAAUGUGGUAGAAGCAGAUAAGGUACAGAUAUUUAAGAGAAUCUUUGAUUAGCAUAGGGAUGAAAGAAAACUGGUGGACGAUGUCGGAGGGAAGAGUUAGAUUGAUCUUGGAGUAGAUUAAAAGGUUGGCACAAUAUUGUAGACUAAUGAAUGGAAAUGUAGUGCAUCUGCUACAAGUAAUGAGUGGAGAAGUUUCACCUGUGCAUAUUAUGUAUGCCAAUGCUAAUGUUACAUGGGACAGCAACAAUUCCGUGACAUAUCUGAGAUCAACAGAAACCUACACAAACCCCUUACUUCAAACUCAAACCGAUGGGAACUGGCCCUUAAAAUGUAAGAUAACAUUCCACUUAAAGGUUAGAGAUUUCAUUGUUCUACUUAUUGAAAACCAAAUUGACUCAAAACCUGUGACAAUCUCGUAUGCUCAGAACCAGAAUCACAGUCAGGUGUGUUACUGACACGUUGUGAAUUUUGUUGUUUUGCGCCAGAGAUGUGGUGCAAUAUAUAAACGAUUACUAUAAGUUAAAAUAAGAAAUAUAUAAAAAAUAAAUAAGUAGAGCAAAAUAGUGAGGUAGUUUUCAUGGGUUCAUGGGCCACUCAGAAAUCAGAUGGCGGAAAGGAAGAAUUAAAUGUGUCUUCGGGCUCCUAUGGCUCCUCUGUGAUGAUAGUAAUGAGAAGAGGGCAUGUCCUGGAUGGUGAGGAUCCUUAAUAAUGGAUGCUGCCUUCUUGAGGCACUGCCUUUAGAAGAUGUUGUUGAUGAUGGAUCAGGAGAAUGAUUACCUGCCUCUGUUUUAAGGAAGCACUGAAGCUUGCAUUUUCAAUUGCCUGAUUUUUAAGCUCUGUCUUCAAAGGUCAAAUCAUCCAUCCAACCAUCGAAGAUUGAUUCUUUUAGUUAAUAUACUUACAGCCGAAGGCAAUCCUCACAAAAUUCUGCAAGUGUUCCUGAAUACCUUUAGCUGUGUGCUGCUAAAAUCGGAUUGAAAUGUUGUAGUUGUUGAUUAGACGGUGCUGUGGGGCAGAAUAUCUGGAAACAGACUGCUGGAGUAGUCAAGAAUGGGGUUGGGGGGGUUAGAUAGAAGAGUCAACUUAAGAGAUUUGGGAUAAGACCUUAUUUUUUGCACAAGGAUUUGUAGAAUAUAUAAGUAAUUGAAACAGUGAUUCUGAAGCUUUCUUAGACAAGUUGAAAAUGAAGGGAAUAAGGAAUAAAGGAACAAGGAAAGGUUAUGAAAUCAGGACCAGUGCUCAUAUGGAGGAUAGUCAAGUAUGAGGAUGACUGGAUUGAUUGAACUGUUGGCCUAUUAUAACCUUCAAUGGGUUUGUCAUAUUUGGAGGUUUAUUCUGUGUUCUCAGCAGGUACACAGAAACAAACCAUUUGGCCCAUCUAGUCCAUGCUGAACUAUCAACCUGCCAUGUCUCAUUGGCCUGCACCCAGACCAUAGACUUCCAUGCUGCUCCCAUCCAAGAUCCUAUCCAAAUUUCUCUUAAAUGUUGAAAUCAAACCCACGUCCACCACUUCCGCUGGCAGCUUGUUCCACACUCUCACCGUCCUCUGAGGAAGAAGUUCUCCCUCAGGUUCCCCAUAAAUAUUUCACUUUUCACCCUUAACCCAUGACCUCUGUUUCUAGUCUCAUCCAGCCUGCUUGUAUUCGCCCUAUCUAUACCCCUCAUAAUUUUGUAUAUCUCUAUCAAAUCUCUCCUCAUUCUCUUACGCUCUAGGAAAUAAAGUCCUAGUUUGCUCAACCUUUCCCUACAUCUCAGCAAAAUAUCUACUUUAAGCCAAGAUGGAUUUUUGUUCCAUGUGUACCUUACAAAUGGAGUGACAGAUUGAAAGCAUGAAAAAUGGUACCAAAAACAAAAAUUUGCUUUUGGUUAGACAGGGAAGAUUCAAAAUAUUGACUGUUUAUUCAUUUCCAUAGACUCUACUUCACCUGCUGAGUUACUCCAGCAUUUUGUGCGUGUUGCUUUGGAUUUCCAGCAUCUGCAGAAUCUCUUGUGUUUACAGAUUCACUCUGCUUCAGUUUACGACAAGUUUAAAUAUUUUCCUGCUUUUACAAUGCAAUAUUCCACACAUUAUUACUUGAGGGGAGAAAGUAAAAUGAUUUGUAGAAUAAUGAUGUAAAAACUAAUGAUUAAUCAGUCAAAUAUCUAUUUUACCAUUGGAUAAUUAUGGUCUUUGAAGUAUAUUAGAAUAUAUAGUACUGUGCAAAAAUCUUAAGCACAUGAAUAUAGGAAGGGUGCCUUAGACUUUAGCACAGUACCGUAUUUGUCGACGUGGAGCAGACAGCAAGUUUGUAAAUCUGGUAGGAGCAAAAGAUGCUGGGAAUGGCAAGGGUCUUGGUCCAUGAGAGGGGUGUGGGACAGGUGGCAGAGAAGGUGUGCCAGGGGCAGGCAGAUGGUGCGAGUGCAGACACACCCAGUCCUGAGACACCAGGCGAGCUCAUUUGAUUCCAAACAAUUGGCUUAUUGAUCAUUACAGAAUGUCUCUCUGGUGCUUCCCUCCCCUUUUCCCAGCCAUGAUUCCCCUCUCCCUGCCUCCUUCCCACUCUCAGUCCACAAUAGAGACCCACAUCAGAAUCAGGUUUAUCAUCACUCACACAUAUCGUGAAAUUUGUUUUUUUUUGUAGCAGCAGUACAGUGCAAUGCAUAAAAUUACUACAGUACAGUGCGAAAAUCUUAGGCACCGUAGCUAUAUCUGCCUAAGGAUUUUGCACAGAACUGUAGGAAAUGAAUAGAAAUCUGUUGGCUGUUUCCCUUGCUCUACAAUAUAGAAAUAUGUGCCUAUGGACAUCCCAGAUGUUUAGGAACAUCUGAACUUAUUGAUUUUAGAUAAUUAACCCUUACUCUGCUGACCAAAUAGAGACUAAAGCCCAGAGGGUUAUCCCAACAAUGUUGUCGAGAAUAUUUUAAGGAUUACUGAGUCAUCAAAUAGUAACCAUAGUAACAGUGAACAGAAAGGUAUGAAAUGCAGUCAGGAAGUGUUGGCUAUACACCCUCUGUUAUAUUUUUGUUUGAAGGAUUAGAGAACUCAGGGCAAUUUAGACAUACUAUGUAUAUAUAUAUUUAAAGCAGAGGUUGAUAGGUUCUUGAUUAAAAAGGGCAUCAAAGGUUUCAGAGAGAAGGAUGGAGAAUGGCGUUGAGAGGGAAUAUAAAUCAGCUAUAAUUGAAUGAUGGAGCAGACUUGAUGGGCCAAAUGGCCUAAUUAUGCUCCUAUGUCUUAGGAUCU